AAAGAUCAGAACGGGAUGGCCCCUGACCGCCGCCGCUUGCAGCAAGCGAAUAUGAGUCCCCGCCUACCUCAAGGAAUCGCUGAGAUGGAUAGAGAAUUUGAUGAGUUAGCCUCCGAUGGUUCCAUGGCUGGAAGGGAGCAACUAUCGUCUCAUACUAGGGAAAGAACUGCUAGUCUGCCAUGUCCACAUGCCUCUGGAGCUGAUCAGUUUGGUUCAGAUAUAGCCGUGGAUGAAAAUGAACAGAUCAAUGCUGCUGCACUCAACACUGGAGGCCCUGCUGCAAGAAAUGGUCGAAAGGUAACAAUCAAUGAACAACUUCGCAAAAGAAGGGCAAAAGGAAAACAGAUUGAUAUCAAGUUCCCUCUACAAUUUGCUAAAGUGUGUGGAAAACAUGCUAGUUUAUUUAAAAAUGAGAUUUCAGUUAUUGUAAGAACUAUACCUCUUCGAGUGAAGAAGUGGAGGGAGAUGGAGACAUCCCAUCCUGGUACCAUUGAAGAUGUUUGGCAAAAACUGAAGGGAAAAUUUCCUGAGCUUUUAGAGGAACAUAAAGGUUAUGCCACGAGACAAGUAGAGUCUCAAUACAACAAUAGGCGUUACCGUCUACUUCAAGCCUACCGACAAAACAAACAAAGGCUAACACAUGUCGCACCAGAAGAGUGGAGAUGGCUGAUAACAAAUUUAUGGACGGAUCCUGACUUUCAGAAAAGGAGCAACCAGAACUCUCUGAAUAGAGGGAAACAAGAGAUGAGGUCAAAAGUAGGAACAAAAUCAAUUGCUCAAAUCGCUUACGAUUUGAGGGACCCAGAAACUGGUGCAUGGCCUACUGCUAUGCAGGUUUGGAGGGCAACAUAUCAAAAGGCUGAUGGGACUUGGUCUGUUCCAAGUGGUGAAGAAACAUUGACCAAACUACAUGAAGUUGCACAGACACAUGAAGAACAAAUUUCUGCUGCUCAUGUGCCUAUGGUUGAGCACUUUGCACUAGUCCUUGGCAGAAAACCAAACCAUUCACGUGGUGUUGGUAAUCGUGCUGUCAACAGAGUGGGUGAAGAAAGGAUCAAAUUACGUGAGCAAAUCGAGGCUUCGGACCAGCGUGCAGCUGCUGCUCAAGAGCGUGCUGAGGCUGCUGAGCAACGUGCUCAGGCUGCUGAACAACGUGCACAGGUCAUGGAAGCCCAAGUCUGCACAAUGGUUCAAUCAAAUGCACAAUUACAAGAAGAGUAACAGUCCCAGCGUGAUGAGCUGAAUUCUUUGCGAGAUACCCAAAGUGGAGAGGUUGCACGUCUAGUAAGGCAGCAACUUGAUCAACAAAUGGCUGAUUUUCUUACACGCAUAAAUUCAUUUUCGCAGCCUUCAUCGAAUGGACAAAUCAGCCAAGGCAAUGCGGAUAGCCAAGGGUAGUACUCACGAAGUCCAUGCAUCAAUUCGAUAUCCAAGAGACGUGCUGUGCACAUUUAGUUUAGAGUUUAUAGUUUCUUCAUCAGUGGUUUUAGUCAUCAUUUUGAGCUUUUAAAAUACGUGUCUUGAGAGUUAUUUCGAGGGUUGUUAGUGUUACAGUACAUUUUUCAAAUGGAUUAAUCUAUCUCAGCAUGAGACUUAUUUAUUAGAA